AUGAAAGAGUUGGGUUUCAUCAACUAUUUUCUUGGCAUCUCAGUCACUUCCUCUCCCACUGGUUUCUUUCUUAAUCAAGCUAAGUAUGCCACUGAGAUUUUGAUGCUUAAUUGCAAAGCCUAUGCUUCUCCUAUGGCUAUCAAAUCCUCUCUGUCUUCCCAUUCUGAUGUUGAUUUUCCUUUUGACAACCCAUCUCUUUAUCGUAGUCUUGUGGGUGCCCUUCAAUAUUUGACUAUUACUCAUCCUGACUUAGCUUUUGCUGUCAAUUCUGCUUGCCAACAUAUGCAGUGCCCUCUUUUUUCACCUGGUCCUCUUGUUCUCCAUGCAUACUCGGACUCUGAUUGGGCUGGCAACACUGUCGAUCACCGCUCUACUACUGGGUUUUGUGUCUCUCUCGGUCUGAACUUAAUUUCUUGGUCUGCCAAGAAACAUCCCACUGUUUCUUGGUCCUCCUCUGAGGCUGAAUAUCGUGCCUUAGCUCAAACUGCUGCUGAACUUAGUUUGUUGGCCAUGCUUCUUACAGAUCUUCAUGUCUCUUUUCCCACUCCUACUCUCUGGUGCGACAAUCUUUCUGCCAUAGCCAUGACUACCAAUCCUGUCUUCCAUGCUCGUUCCAAGCACAUUGAAGUAGUCCAUUAUGUUCGUGAUUUCUAA